AUGGGGGAGGAGGUGAAAAAGCGCCCCAUCAUUGCUGGCAGAGAGAAAGGGCCAGGACCGGGGCGUUACGCUCUGCCACCGACUAUCGGUUUCAUCGGCCAUGACUUCACCAAGCCAACCAGCCCUGCUUACUCCUUCCACGGCAGAAUGAGCAACAAUUUGUACGGUGUUGACUCCAGUCCUGGGCCUCGGUAUUACAUUGAUGCAAAAAUCACCCGUUUCGGCAGGGAUGGCAACCCCGCAUACUCCAUGUUGGGCAGAGUGAGAGGAUCAUCAAGGCUUUUCCAGACUCCUGGACCUGGGGCAUACAGCCCUGAGAAUGCUCCUCCAUGCAACACCCAGCGCAGACCCCCAUCCUACACUAUGGGCUCCCGCACUCGCUACCGUACCAUCGACUCAGUCCCUGCCCCCAACAAGUACUGUCUCCCUGCUCUCAUGGGCCCCCAGGUUCCCACCAAGCCAGCCAGUGCCAGCUACACCAUGUCAGGGCACUGCAAAUUAGGGGGUCCCUCAGAAGACCUGGCCAAGACCCCAGGCCCUGGUAGAUACAACAGUACAGAUCCAAGUGUCUACCUGCCCAGGCAACCAGCUUUCUCCAUGCUAGGUCGCCAUGGGUUUCCCAACAAUGCCACUCUGAAGCCUGGCCCUGGAACUCAUAAUCCUGAGAAGGUGACUGUCCACAAGCCCCGGGCUCCUGCCUUCUCUCUGGGCAUCAGACACUCGGAGUUUGUCACCCCACUGGUGGUCAAUGUAGCUGACUGA